CAUUAAUACAGAGAAACACUGGCAUCUAGUGGCGACACAAGCGCAUUAUAGUCUUUGUUUCUUACCUCUUCUCACGAAUACAAAUAAUAAUGUGCCAUCGCGUCUCAGAUUUAUAAAAUAAUAGUGAAUUACAGUUCUUUUAGUUUUAGAACAAAUUAAGCCAGUUUAUCGUAAGUUGUGUCCGCGGAACUAAUGUUCAGCGUCACUGUGUUUCCGGGAGCAGCUGAGGAGGUGACACACUGAUGUCCGUCAAAAACGAAAACAUCAGCCAAUAAUUUGCUGACCAGUAGAGAACCUCUGAUUUAUGCCACUUUGGAUAAACGCAUCUAUGAAAUGACUCUUUUCCUGUAAAGUGCCAGGGUGACGAUCAUGGACGCUCUCGAGGACACCUUCAGGACUCUCUCCAUCGCCAGGAGACUGCAGCCUAGUGAGGCCACAUACAUUCUGGACCUCUCUCUUCCAUCCUGUGCCAGCAGUGAGUCAGAUUUACUGGCUGUGUGCUGCUCCAAUUACUCUGUGCACCUGCACAGCAGAGAAACGCUCCGCCAGGUGGGAGAGUUCCAGGGUCACACGGCUCCUCUGUGCGGGGUCCGGUUCUCUCAUCUGUCCCCUCACCUGCUGUUCACCGGCUCCGCCGAUGGGACUCUGCGGUCCUGGGACGUCCGACGGCCCGGUUCUAACGCCACCCAGGUGUUUCGCAGUGAUUCGACACAUUUGUACUGCUCGUUUGACGUGAGCUGUAAUGAUCGUGUGCUGUGUGCAGGCACAGAGCAGGUAGAGGAGGAAGAGAGUUUUUUAGUAUUCUGGGAUGCCCGUAUGGUUCAGGAUGGAGGUGAGUCUGGCUCUAAGAUGGGCGGUCUGCUGGGAGUUUUUUCAGAAUCGCACAGUGAUGACAUCACUGCGGUGAAGUUCCACCCACAGCAGGCGGACCGCUUGGCUUCUGGGGCCACAGAUGGACUUGUGAACGUGUUUGAUCUGAGUCAGGGUGGAGAGGAGGAUGCUCUUGUCACCACCUGUAAUUGUGAAUCCACUACAAGCUCCCUCUGCUGGACAGGCAAAUAUCUUGACCAGCUGCUUUGUCUGACUCAUGAUGAGGGGCUACACCUGUGGGAUGUGGCUCGCCCAGACAGCGACGACACUUUGACCCUUCUGAGUUCGGCUGAUGCCCGAACACUUGUCCAGCUCCCUAAUCAAGCCUCACUUGAGUACUUUGUGGGCGGUUCAUGGAUGACAGAUGAGGAGCGUAUUCUUUUAGUGGGAGGGAGUAAUAAUGGAAAGCUCCACCUCCUGGACUGCAGUGGGAGUGGCCUGAAGUUCAUUAAAUCCCUGAAUGGGGGUCAUUCAGCUACAGUGAGAUGCUUCCAGUGGGAUGCGGUCGCUCACUGUCUGUUGACAGGCGGGGAGGAUGGCCAGUUGUUACAAUGGAAGGCGGGAGCAGAGGAAAUCAGUGUGGGGAAGAAAGAUUCUCUGAAAAGCAUCUCAUCCAUGCAGCUUAAAACUAAAGCUCACAGAAAACAAGCUACAAAAAAAGACCGGUCAAAACUAGCAUGAUCACAUAUACUGCACAGGAGAAACUCAGAUUUCACAAAGAGACAGUUAACACUGAAACAAAUUGAUUAUUUGACAAAAAUCAGAGCAAUUGUAAAGUGCACUAAGCUACCUUCCUCCGAUGUCUUUUCUUUCACAAAUGUAAGGUAACAGAGAUCCGUAAAAAUGUGUUAUAUGGAGUUUAAAUCUUUCACCGUAAAGGGUUAGUUCACCCAAAAAUUCUGUCAUUAAUUACUCACCCUCGUGUCGUUCCACAGCUUGAAGACCUUCGUUUAUCUUCAGAACACAAAUUAAGAUAUUUUUUAUGAAAUUUUAAUCAA